CAUGCCAAGUACCUUGGGCCGUCGCAGCCCCAGCAUCAUCAUCGCGUGUUUGUCUGCCGUGUUGUUGUUGUGCGCGCAUCUGCGCACGUGCGCGCGCGAUAACGCAGCGCGUGCACCCGACCCUGACCGGCUCCGCCUGCGCGAUGCGGCGACCCCCCCGGCAUGGAUUGCCGAGGACAGAAGCAAAAAAAUCCAUCCCAAUGUUUUUUUCUCUCUCUCUCUCUCCCUCUUCUCGCGCGAGCAGCUUCUGCAAGCAGCCAGACGCAAACCCUGCAGGGCUCGGGCGCCUCCCUUUCAUCUCCUAACCGCGUCCUGUCGCAUCCCAUCAAAUCUCAUCACAUUUUCCAUCCACGUUUGAUUUGUACGGCUUUUUUUAUAUACCUUGGGUGUGCCAGCGAGAAAUCCCUUAAUGAUAAAUAUAUAACGAUAGAGAGAGAGCACGAGGAACAGACGGGCACGUAUAGAGUCAAAAAAAUAACAACUAUCAUUCCGCUGUCUGUCCAUCCUCGGCCAUGCGAGCUGUGGGAGCGAGCGGCUGCCUGGCCGCCACGCUGCUGUUGAUAUCGGUCCUCAGUGGCCCGUCUUGGUCCAGGCCGACCUCCACAACGGGGUCGUCCCCGCGGGCCUCCAAGGGCGCGCGGGGCUGCCCCGGCCAGCGCCUGUACGCCGCUCAAGACGGGGGCCAGCAGGGUCGGCUGGACCUUGGCUCCGUGGUGACGGCAUCGGCAUCGGCGACCAGCGUAAGCGGACGCGAUGUGAUCGCUGCUUGCGCCGAGGCGCGGGGCGCCGAUGUGAGGACGACUCCCGUGGUGGGCGGCCGUGCCGGUGGCGGCGGUGGUGGUGGUGACGGCGGUGGGGCCUCGCGAGUUCUCCACUCCAGGGCGAGGCGGUGGCUCGAGUCUCUGGCGCCGGUCGACUUCCCCGAGGAGCACUUCCCCGGCCUUAACUACUGGGGCUUUGGAGACGCAGAAGAGGAUGAAGACGAAGACGAGGAGGAGGAUGGCGUGCAAGUGAGGGGCGAGCGCGGCGAUGGAGAGGAAAAACGAGCAGCGGAGGACGGUGCGGACGACGUGGAUCAAGGUGACGGUGAAGGAGCAGACGUCGUGGAUUAUGACAAACCACAAGGUGAGAAGAAGCUGUCGUCUGAAGAAGCCCUCACUCGUGGUCUCACCCUGGAGGAGCGAGCAGGUGGUGGACAGGAAGCUGAGGACCUGGCUGCCGAUCGCCAGGAGGCAGAGGAUCCUGCAGAUGAUAACUGGAAGGAAGAGGACCCUGUCAGGAGUGAUCCAAAGGUUGAGGAUCAAGCAGAUGACGAUGAAGAGGAUGCUGAAAUCCCUGCAGGCGAUGUAGAGCUUGACAGCCCCACAGAUGGAAAUGUGAAGCUUGAAGAACCUGUCGGUGGUCAUGAAGAGGUGCUGGACUCUGCAGGUGGCGAUGAUCAGAAGGUUGAAGACCCCGCGGGUGAACAUGACUCGAACGCGAGUGACUCCACACGCGAAGUGCCCUCCGACGUUGAUCCACAAACCCAGCCCAACGCCUUAGACACCACGGAGGCGGCUGCCGUCUCUGACAAACACGGAGGGGCCACAGCUGAGGAGGACUCGACAAAGCGCCUGCACAAAGCCACCUCGUGGGGGCUGGGGGUGAACGAAAGUGCCCCUGGUGGAGGAGAAGGUGACAACGACGACGAGGAGCCCGGCAGGGAGACGGAGCUCAACGAGACGUCGAGGCACGGAGACAUCACCAAGGGUGACGUCUCAGGCAGCACGGACGCCGGGCUCAACCUCACGACCGCUGCAGCGCCGACACAAGUGCUGCAGAGCAACACGUGGCAGCCGGACAAAACGAGUCAACCAAGUCCAUCGGCUCGCGGUGCUCAAGCCGGGCCAGCGGAGGCGACGGGUCAGCCUGGGCAGGUGGAGCACGUGGCGACAGCGGAGGCGGGCGAACCGGCGGGAGCGGCGGGCAGGCUGGGGAGAAGGCGGGCCGGUCUGCAGGAGGGGCUCCUGGUGGAGGUCCCCUACCCCCGCGGGGGGGCCCUGAGGGGAAACCCCAUGCAUGCCCCCCACGGAUACGUCAUAAAGAGCUGGGUUCGGGAACUGCGCAGUAAGGUGGGCUGCAUGUCGGGGCUGCUCGUGCCGGUGGGGAUCGGCGUGGCCGCCGCCGCCUUCAUGCUGCUGGCCGUGUACGGCCUACGGGCCGCGGCCACACGGCGGUGGCGACGCAGCGUCAAGAGGCGGCCGCAGAAGAGCGACACCACCAGCACUCAGGAUCGCAUGAUGCUGCUGGCAGGCAGCAGCGAGGAGGAAUUCUAAACAACCUGGCCCGGACCCCACACUCCCCGUACCGCAAACAACAACAACCGCCAGGCGCCACUCGCUGGCGACGACGUCACCACGGACCGCAACAUGCACACACACGCACGCACACACAUGUUCGCUCCGCACUCCUCUCUACCACACGCGUGACAGUGGGCGCACAGUCAACUCUCAAGCGCGUCCCAACACACGCAACGCAACGCAGCGAACCGCGCGAGAAAAUGAAAGUAAAUGAGCGCGUUACCACGGGCGGACUGAGACCCAAUUUGGUGCCGUGCGCAAUUACAUAUGUGGGGAUACAAA